AUGGACAAAAGUUGGAUGAAUGACCCCGAUAGGCUUGUAUCACCUGCAUACGCCGAAGGCGUUAAAUAUUUCCUCGCACAAGCACGAAACCAUGCAAGUGGAAGGGAUCGCAUCCGGUGUCCAUGUCGUGCAUGCCUUAACAAUCUAUGGCUGCUUAUAUUUGAGGUGGAAACUCAUUUGUUUAUGAAAUGGAUCAACCCAAAUUACACGCAGUGGAUAUUUCAUCGGGAGGAGGAUACAACAUGGAACAUGAGUGAUGAAGAUAUUGAUGAUGAUAUCAACCAAGAAGACGAUUACAUAGAUGACAUGCAGGAUAUGUUGGAUGACAUCCGGGCAGGCACCUUCGAUGAUGCGCCCCAAGAUAGCACUCCUGCGGCAAACAGGCCACGAGAGACGGUAGAUUCAUUAUCUUUCCAGCAACUACUAGAGGAUGCCCGACGUCCGUUAUUUGAUGGGUGUACAAAAUUUUUAAAACUGUCAUUCGUGGUCAAGUUGUUACACAUCAAAUCAAUCAGUGGGUGGUCAAUUAAGUCAUUUGACAUUCUACUUGAUUUGUUGAGGUCUGCCUUUCCUGAUGCCCUAUUGCCACAAUUAUAUGAGGAGUCAAGGUCGUUGGAGCGCGGUUUGGGCUUCAAAUACCACAAAAUCCAUGCGUGCCCCAACGACUGCAUCUUAUUUUGGAAGGAAAAUGCAGCUCUUAAUGAAUGCCCUGUAUGUAAGGCUUCGAGGUGGAUACCAAAUACACACGGACAGCGCGCGGUACCUCAAAAAGUGUUGCGUCACUUUCCUUUGAAACCAAGAUUGCAGCGUCUCUUCAUGUCUGCAAAGAUAGCAGGUGAUAUGCGAUGGCACAAAGAGCAACAGACGAAAGAAGAUAGUUGUAUGAGACAUCCGGCCGACUCUGAGUGCUGGAAGAAAUUUGAUGAAGAUCAUGACUGGUUCGCUUUAGAUCCUCGCAAUGUUAGGCUCGGUCUGGCAAGUGAUGUCUUCACUCCAUUCAACAACUUGGCUAAACCUCAUAGCAUUUGGCCAGUGAUCCUUGUCCCCUAUAACUUGCCGCCGUGGUCAUGCAUGAAAGACCAAUUCUUCAUAACAUCUCUGAUUAUUCCUGGCCCAAGGUCACCAGGGAAUGAGAUUGAUGUAUACUUGCAGCCGUUGAUCGAUGAACUGCUUGAAUUUUGGGUAGAUGGGGUACCUACAUAUGAUGCCUCAACUAAGGAGACGUUUAUGUUGCAUGCUGCCUUAUUGUGGACAAUCAACGAUUUUCCUGCCUACGGGAAUCUGUCUGGCUGGUCAACAAAGGGAAAAUUGGCUUGUCCAUCUUGCAAUGCAGACACAGACUCUAAUUGGUUGAAAUAUGGCCGAAAACAUUGUUACAUGGGACAUCGUCGUUUCUUACCCCAGAUCACAUAUGGAGAAGGAAGAAAUGGUUGUUCAACAGUAGAGAAGAUCAUCGCAUGCCACCAAGGGAAUUUGGUCCUGAAGAGAUUCAAAAUUAAUUGCAGAUGA